CCUAAUUAAGAGAGAAGGUAGAAAUGGGAAGAACCCCAUGUUGUUCAAAAGUUGGUUUACAUAGAGGUCCGUGGACUGCCAGAGAAGACACAUUACUGGAAAACUAUAUCCAGACUCAUGGUGAAGGCCAUUGGAAAUCUUUGCCUGAAAAAGCAGGGCUACUUAGAUGUGGAAAGAGCUGCAGGCUAAGAUGGUUGAACUAUCUCCGACCCGAUAUCCGGCGAGGAAACAUCACCCCGGAUGAAGACGACCUCAUUAUCCGGCUUCACUCCCUUCUCGGCAACCGUUGGUCUCUCAUUGCUGGAAGACUUCCUGGCCGAACCGAUAACGAGAUAAAGAACUAUUGGAAUUGUCAUCUAAGCAAAAAGUUGAAGAACAAAGGGAAUUAUAAGCAAGAUGGUGGUGGAAAAACAAUAACAAAGACCAAAGUUUACCAGCCAAAGGCCGUGAGGAUUCCAUUUUCAUCACCAUUUUAUGCACAUGGGAACAAUUUUGGAGAGGCUAAGCUGGCUUGUGAUCAUAAAGACAGUGAUUUUGUUUAUGAUUAUGAUUGCCAUCCUUGCCACAAUUCUGAACCCACAACAGAUGACAUGCUUGACAAAAUUUACAAGGAAUAUCAGCAGCUUCUGACGGCAGAAAAUCAACCAUCUUUGGUCUCCUUUGUUGAUUCCUUGUUCGUUUGAUUGCACUAAAACUGCUGUAAAUUAUGGGUCGAGCUUGCUGUCGAUCUGCAAUAGAAAU